AAUCUUUAUAGACGUAGAAUGAGGACUCUAUUCCUGUGCAUAGUGUUGAGUGACCCCGACUCUUAAGAUGUAUCAAGGAUUAUCAUCAUUAAUUCAAUUUUGGAUUAAUGUCGAGAGUUGUUUAUUUUUUUAAUGAGAGUUUGUAUAAAUCAACAUCAGCCAGAUCGGCAGAUAGAUAUGUAUGAGUAGGAGAGAGAGAGAGAGAAGUGGAACCAAACAUUCAGAAGUGAUGGGGCCCGCCCGUAAUUAAAAGAGAAGCGAAAAAGGAAGUCAAAACCCAGAACCGGUGGUACACGGCACGCGCGGCGAGGAGCGUGGGAGGGAGCGCACAAGAAUCCACUGUUGGGUCGCCGCGUCAUUAUCUGAAUACAGUAAUACGUUUGUUAUUGCUGUACUUUGUCGGAUUAGACUUAAAUAAUCCGAAUUUAAGGGCCACGCUCUGAUUAAUUACUCACGCGCUCUUUCUCUCUCUAGCCUCCACCACCAACUGCAUUCGCCCAUGCAUCCACGGCCCAAUCUCUUCUUCUCCACCUCCUCCUUUUUCACCAACAUCACAGAUUCCUUCUCUCUCUAACCCACUAUCCUAGAGAGAGACUGAGUUGUGAAUAAUAGUGGAGGCUAGUGCUCUUCCAACGUCGAAAGUUUCAUUCUUGUUUCUUUUACUCCAAUUUGCACACGCACAGGUCAUGUAUAUGUGAAGCCAACUGUCAACUGCAAACUUCCCCUCGCACCUCUUCCAUUUCUCAGACCUGCAGACAAGUUAAUUGUCACAAUGUAAAGGUGUUCUCCAUAAAAGUCGUGCUGCUGGAAAAGAGCUAAUCUUUCGCCAAAGAGAGAGGAGAGAAUGGGUUCGUGGGCGUACUUCGAUCCUGAGUACGAGACACUAAGCAUCAGAAUAAAUCCUCCACAGGUGUCUGUGGACAACUCUAGCUGCAGGGAAUGCACUCUGGUCAAGGUUGACAGCAUGAACAAACCAGGGAUACUGCUGGAGGUGGUGCAAAUCCUCACGGACCUUGACCUUACAAUUACAAAAGCUUACAUUUCCUCUGAUGGCGGGUGGUUUAUGGAUGUGUUUCACGUCACUGAUCAACAUGGGCAGAAGAUUAGCGACAGCAAGACUAUUGAGUACAUAGAAAAGGCUUUAGGACCAAAAGGAAACAUGUCGGGCUUAUUGAAGCCAUCACCCGGGAAGAGGGUGGGAUUGGGCUCUAUGGGUGACUGCACUGCUAUUGAGCUUAUAGGCCCGGAUCGGCCUGGUCUCUUGUCGGAGAUUUCUGCUGUGCUAGCCAAUCUCCAGAUCAAUGUUGCUGCUGCUGAAGUUUGGACCCAUAACCGACGCAUAGCCUGCGUUCUUUACGUUAAUGAUAACAUUACUAACCGUGCUGUGGAUGAUGCCUCACGGUUGGCUGCUAUGGAAGAGCAGCUCAAAAACAUUCUUCGUGGGUGUGGUACUGAUGAUUCCGUAGCUUAUACCAGCUUUUCUGUGGGUUCAACCCACAUCGAUAGACGCCUGCACCAGCUGUUCUUUGCAGACAGAGACUAUGAAGUUACUGGAACCGAGCCAGACUAUCCUGUCAAACCAAAUGUGACCAUUGAGCGAUGCGAAGAGAAAGAUUACUCUGUGGUUACUGUCAAGUGCAAAGAUAGACCAAAGCUCAUGUUCGACAUUGUGUGCACCCUUACAGACAUGCAGUACGUCGUCUUUCAUGCCACCAUCUCAUCCGACGGUCCCUUUGCUUCACAGGAAUAUUUCAUACGCCACAUGGAUGGUUGCACACUGGAGACAGAAGAAGAGAAAGAAAAGGCCAUCAAGUGUCUCGAAGCAGCAAUCAGACGAAGAACAAGCGAGGGUCUAAGCUUGGAGCUUUGUGCAAAGGACCGAGUAGGGCUGCUCUCAGAAGUAACCCGGAUCCUCCGAGAAAACGGGCUCUCAGUCACAAGAGCAGGCGUGACAACAGUAGGGGAGCAAGCCAUGAACGUGUUCUACGUGAGUGAUGCAUCAGGCAAACCAGUAGAUGCAAGGACCAUAGAAGCCCUGCGCAAGGAGAUUGGGCAGACGAUGAGGCUGAACGUAAAGAAGGCACCAAUGAACACGAAAGCACUCGAAGCAAGUGGUUGGGCAAAGACCAGCUUCUUCUUUGGAGGUUUGCUGGAGAAGUUCCUCCCUUGAGCUUGUACAACAAUUUCUCUCUACUAAGAAAACCUAGCUUCCAUUCAUGUUUUCACAGCUUUCUGCAAGAUUUCUAUUUAUGGUGACUUGCUCAACUGCAUGAAAACUGUAAAAAUUAAGUGAAGAGUUGUAAUAAAAAGCUGUACAAUUAUACUAGAAAUUGUUGUUAUCAUAUUGGAAUUGUUGUACAUAACGUUUCCAUGUAAAUUAUUAAUAUAUGCGAUCCUAUUUGAUGGUGUGACUACUGCA